AUGCCGAAGAAGGGCAAGAGGCUCAAGCAAAUUGCCGCUCUCGCGGCAGCUAAGCGGGCACGCGACCGGCAGGCACGCCACCAAGCUGUUCCAGCCCCUCUUGAAGUUCUCCGACAAGAAGCGCUGUCGACGCCAUGGUGCUGUCCACGUCCAGCCGUGGACGAGAGUGAUACGUCUUCGUUAGAAGACAACUCAUCCGACUUCGGCGAAGUGCUCGCGAUUACCAAGGCGAUUGAAAAGGGAGACUUCGCAGCAGCCAGGAAGGCUCACGAGACCAAUGUUCUCCUAGUGAACUCGUUGUUCGUGGAGCCAAACCCGGUGCCGAUCAAGAAGGCGAUGGAAUUGCUGGGACGUUGCUCGUCUACUGUGCGAUCGCCUUUGACCGAGUGCUCUGCUGAGACGGUAGAGCUGCUCACUCAACAGCUCAAGGCCAACAACCUGCUGUGA